AUGUUUGGAAGUAAAAAAACAAAGCCAUACAGAACAGACCAAAAGCUGAAUAGAGUGACUGAUUUCUACCUUGAGGGACAAGUUUCGGGUUUAUACAUGUCUUAUAUUCCUCCACAUAAGCGACAUUCAAAGGAUCCGGUUAUACCUUCCCCUGUUCCAGAUUCUCUUCUUACGAAAUCCAAGAAAAGCGUUGACUUCAGCAGUAGCAGUGACAGAUGCAACCGUGUUACAUUUGCAGAAAACUUCAUCUCAAAAUGGUUUCUUAUCGGUCCAAAUGGAAUCGGGGAUGAGCUUCCUUCUUCUGUUAAGCUUGUGCCCGUGUCCUUAGAUUCUGUCGAAUGCAGAAAUGGAGAAAGACCUUUGGUACUGAUGAACGACGACGACGACUUCCAAAAAGCGAAUGUGAUAACUGAAGAGAGCGAAGAAGAAGAGAGAGCUCGGUGGAUGUUGUUAGUAGCAGAGAAGGUCGAAGAUGAUCUUGUGUUGGCAUAUGAGCGAGCUAAGACUGCAAUGGAGGUGAAUCAACAUGUAUUGAGAUUGGUUGCUAGGCUUGGUAAAGUUUUCUUGUAUAGGCGGCAAGCUGGUUCUGUGGCUGAAUUUUCGAGGAAAAACUUGAAAAAGAUGUUCUCUACAGAUGUUUCAACUUCUAACUUGCAACACAUCAAGUCUAAGGUUGUACCAAGACAUAAGUUCUCUAUUGACUUGGAAAAGGAAACAUAUACUGUGAAGGUAUCGCAUAAUACUCGUCCCACUGAAACCAUCAACUGUAAGUGUACCCUUAAAGAAGAUGGACGACUCAGUAUGUACAAGGCAAGUCUCAUGCAUGCCGAGCUUAAUGUUGUUUGGCACUUGGUUUUUGAUGUGUCAUGCAUUGAUAAGAGUCUUGACAUGAGACUGAUGCUCGCUGCCAAAAGGAAAAUGACGGCUCUUACAGAGAAAGAGAUUAGUGACAUUAAAGAGCUACUAGAUUCAGCAACUGUUGAUCCAAAUGUGAAAGGCGGUUUAAGAUGGCCGCUUGGUAAAUCUUCAUCAAGGGAUGGGUACAGAGUAUUUGAAGUUUGUCACGUUAGAGCUACUAUCUACAAAAACCGGACUCUCAGGCUUAGGAUUAGAGAGACAGAUAGAUUCAAUGAGAGGACUGGAACAGGAGCAGUCAAGAAAGAGGUGACUCUGAUACUUAAAAACCUCAACACUAAGUUACAGUACUACAAUGUUUUGAAAACCGAUGAGUUCACUGAAAAGGCGAGAGAGUCUAUUGGAGUUGACUUUUUUUUCCCUAAGAACUUUCUUGCAGACGACGAAAAGCAUUCCUCUCUAAGCUUCAUGUUCAAGCUUGAAACAGAGCCGAUGAGUCAUCGUUCAGAGAUGUCCUAUAUUCCUCCAAAAGAUCUGGUUAGACCAUCCCCUGUUCCAGAUUCUCUUCUUACAGAAGCCAAGAAAAACAUUGAGUUCCGCAGUAGCAGUGAUGACUACAACCGUAUUACAUUUUCAGAAAACUUCAUCUCAAAAUGGUUUAUAGUUGGUCCAAAUGGAAUCAAGGAUGAGUAUCCUCCACCUGUUAAGUUUGUGCCUGCGUCACCUUUGGUACUGAUGAUGAACAACGACUUCCAAAAAGCGAGAAAAGAAGAAGAGAUAGCUCGGUGGCUUUUAAUAGCAGAGAAGGUCGAAGAGGAUCUGUUGUUGGCAUAUGAGCGAGCUAAGACUGCAACAAUGGAAGAGAAUCAACAUGUAUUGAGAUUGGUUGUUAGGUUCGGUAAAAUUCUCUUCUAUGGGCGGCAAGCUGGUCCUGUGGCUGAAUCUUCACGAAGAAACUUGAAGAAGAUGUUCUCUACAGAUGUUCCAGCUUUUAAGUUGCAACACAUCAAGUCUAAGGUUGUACCAAGCCAUGGAUUCUCUAUUGACUUGGAAAAGGAAACAUACACUGUGAAGAUAAGGCAUAAUACUCUUCCCAAUGCAACCAUCAUCUGCAAGUGUGCUCUUAAGGAAGAUGGACGGCUCAGUAUGUACAAGGCAAGUCUCUUUCUCACUUCUUUGUUGUGUUGUAUGUUUGAGAAAGAGAUAAGUGACAUUAAAGAGCUACUGGAUUCAGCAACCGUUGAUCCAACUGUGAAAGGCGGUUUAAGGUGGCCGCUUGGUAAAUCUUCAUCUGGAGACGAAUACAUAAUAUUUGAAGUUUGUCACGUUAGAGCUACUAUCUACAAAAACCAGACUCUCAGGCUUAGGGUUAGAGAGACUGUUAGAUCUUAUGAGAGGACUGUAACAGGACCAGUCAAGAGGGACGUGACUCUGAUACUCAAAGGCAUCAACUCUAAGUUACAGGAGAAGAACAUUGAAAGGGAUUCUGUUUUGGAAAUGCUUCGAGAUGCUCUUGGAACCAUAUGGGACUUCAUGCACUGUGAUGCCUCUCUUACGUAGUAAAAGAACCAUAUGAUGAUGUUUUGGGUUGGCAAGAUUGAACUUGCGUGUGACAAUAAUAAAAAAGAAAAAUAAAAGCAGAAGCUCUGUUUUGUUACAAUUUCACUUCAUGUAUAUACUCAGGCUCAAUCUUACAAACAGAAAUUGCAUUGCAUUAGACCUGAAAUAUAUACAUUUGUAAUUAAGAUUUAUCUUAUGCUUUGAACAUGUAGUUGAUCACUUCCUACAUUCUUUGCCAAACAAAUUAAUCUCUCUUCUAUCAAGUUCUAAGUUCUAACUAUCAUCCAUAAGAACAAAUACAUCAAAAUUGCAGGUAGAAGUUGAUCCACAGCAAUAAAAAGCAGGUUAUCCUUAAACCAAAUGUGCUAUAAGUUCCACUGCUUUCUCCAUCAAACCUCUGUCACAUAAUUUGCAAAUGACUUCCUCCGUUCUCGAACUCUUCACAACCAAGUUCCUGCUAAACGCUUCCUCUAAUAAACCGUGAGCACAAACAACCUCGUCUGCUUCAAUAAACCCAUUAAUCAUCAUAUCAUAAGUGUGGCUGUUCCGGUUAACCCCAUUCGUCUCCAUCUCUUCCCACAGUCUCUUAGCUCGACUCAUCUCUGAUGCCUUAACCAACGCCUUUAUCAGUAUAUUGUAUGUAACUACAUUAGGCGCAGAACCUAGCUUGUUCAUACAAGACAUCAUCUUUAUGGCGCCUUCGAUAUCGUUCUGCUUGCAUAAGCCAUUGAUAUACACAUUAUACGUGUAAACAUCAGGAGUCAAACCUAACAAGAGCAGCUCGUCAAACAACUUGUCCGCUUUCGUGUAAUCCUCAUCCGCAAUAACGCAUUGCAGUAUAAUCGUGUAACAAACGAUAUCAGGCUCUAUUCGAUCACAUUUCAUCUGGUUCAGUACACUUACAACCUCUUUUCCUCUUCCUCCUUCGACCACGAACCUCAUCACGACUGUAUAAUCCCGCAAAUCAGGCAGAAACCGAGUUCUUCGCAGCUCUUCCAUAUAUCCAAUGACAUCGAAACAUGACGAAUCCUUGUGUUUACAGACAGAGCUUAGCAACCGAGAGUAUAGUCUUGAUUCAACGAUAUAACACUCAUCACUCAUGUAUUUCACUAACUCAGUGGCACAAUCUACCUCACCGAUUCUACAGAGAGCAUCGAUCAAUAUCCCGAAAGUAGAUUCCUCUAACCUCACACCCAUUCCACUAGCUCUCAACAAAAUCUUAGGCACCAUUUUCAGACUCUGUCUCUCUCUCACGAGAACCAAGAGCAGAGCAUUGAGCGUGUACGCAGAAGGCACGCACCUGAAAUUUGGGAUUUUGAAGAACGCGUCGACCGCUUCUUCGAUUCUGCCGGAGAACCCGUAAGCAAAGAUGACGUCUUUGAAGAUGGAUUCGGGUGUAUCGAACUUCUCGGAGGUUUCGAGGUGAUUGAGAACAGACGCGAUGUUCUCGAGCUGGGAGGUUUUGGCUAGGGUUCUGAUAACGAACCUGUAAGCUUGAGGCGUGGGUGAGCAGCUAUGGAGGCGGAAAGAGCUUACGAGGGUUCGCAUAACACCGCCGUUCUCGCUCGACCCUAAAUCUGAGAGCAGGCCGGUUUUGAGCUCUUCCAUGGCAUACUUCUGCUUGAGAUUUUCGUUCCAUUUCGUUUUGAAGGACGAGUGAGGGAUUUUCCGAUACUUUCUCAUGAAAUUUGACAUUCGGUGCCACGAUGAAGAUCUUCCCAUUCUUCAAUCGGUGGCUUGAUUCUAUCUACCGCCGGCGUAAAUUAGAAUACAGAGAGACCAUGGAGUGGAGAGAAUCAUUUAUAUAUUUGAUGAAAUUUGAUUUGUACAGUGAAUAAUACUUCUAC